ACCUGUUCGCGGCAAAUGUCAGCUAAAAGCUCAGUGUUCGCGGUUCUAAUAUUUUUUAGUGUGUUAUAUCUCUUAGAUGUGAAGUUUGUAACUCAGGAAUUUCGACCUAAGGUCAACCAGACCACGAAUAGCAGCACGAUCAAGAACUACCAGUGUCCCGAAGGACCAAUUGUGGCCGUCCUGGGCGCCGGUCGCCUUGGAAAUCAGAUUUGGGACUACGCGUCCACCUGGAGCGUGGCGAGGCGAUUGAACCGUACCGCCUACGUGCAGGAUUCCAUCAUCUUAGGAUUGUCCAAGAUGUUCGAAAACCUGAGUUUGAAGCCACUAAGCGAUUUCCAAAAAUGCAGACAGCCGCUGCCACCGGCAGUUCCUUUGGAUAAAUUGUUCCCCAUGGAGACCUUAGGUCGAAGGUUUCGGGCUCGUAAUUUGCUCCUGCCCGCGUUUUCCCAGCUGUUGGAGGUGGUUUUCCCAGACAGAGAGCUGCUACGCAGAGAGCUCAAGUUCAAACCAGAGUUGGUUGCAGAGGUGCAGAAGACAAUCGAAGAGGUUGCAGGACGUGGAAAGAUUGUUGUCGGCAUUCACGUUCGUCGCGAUGAUUUCGGCACGUUCUUGCCACUUACGUUUCACUCUCAAUUGGCAACUGAACAUUAUUUUAAGAAUGCUAUGGAGUGGUACAGACAACAAUACGGCAGCUCAACCUUCUUUCUCAUCGUCAGCGAUGACCUCGGGUGGUGUAAAAGGUUGCUAGGUAAUGACUCCAAAUUGGCAUCGAAAACCCCUAGCCACGACUUGAUUCUACUUUCGAUGUGUGAUCAUACAAUAAUUGAUUACGGAACUUUUGGAUUCUGGGGUGCAUUUUUUUCCAGAGGGCAUACAGUUUCCCUGAAUGUUGAACAAAAUGUUACAAGUGUAAUGUCUGCAAAAGCGAAUUGGACACUUUUUGACAAAGAGACACUAAGUGUAAUAGGAUGAGAAAUUUAUUUG